AAUAUUGAGUACCUGCAGCCUGGAGUUUUUAAAGGAUUGACAAACAUGCAAUCCAUGAGCUUUUAUUUCAACAAAAUCCGCACAGUGAGCAACGAGCAAUUCAAAGAUAUCGCGCCAAGUAUUCGAUUCCUUUACUUCCAUUACAACCAAAUGCGAGAACUACCCGACGGUUUCUUCUCGAACAUGAAAAAUUUGAUAACAACGACUGUAGACACCAACCUGAUGUGUUGCCAUUUGAGGAAGGAGGACGCGGAUUGCGACUUUGCUUAUGUCGACAGCUUUGCAAGUUGUGAAAGGAUGCUCAAAGAUCGAGCUCCAAGGAUUUGUCUCUGGGUUGUAGGAAUUAUGACAUUAGUUGGUGCUGUGUUUGUGAUCGUGUGGCGGUUGGUGUUUAAGGAAACAAAGGAGAAAAACAAGAUACAGGCUAUCAUGUUGAUAAAUUUGGCCGGGUCUGAUGGACUGAUGGGUGUGUACCUGAUCAUUAUAGGUUUAAUUGCUCAGCUUCAGCAGAUGCAUCUCGAUGCAAGCAAAGUCAAUGACAAGACAGACCUAAAUACCCCACAGGUACACGAGGUCAUUAUUUGA